AUGGUGGUGUUUGACGACUUCUUCCUGUGCGCCAAUGCUGCCCUGCACGACCUGCACCUUAACGCCGAGUUCUUCCUCAACGAUUACGCGUCUUAUCUCCUGCGCGCCAAUGCCGCCCUGCACGACCUCCGCCUCAACGCCAAGUUCUUCCUCAACGAUAUGGGCGGAAAGUGUGUGGCGCAGCGGUGGCGGCCGUGGGUGAUAGCAUGGGAUGACAACGACCUCACCAGCCGCCCCGCCACCACCAACGACCCUCACGAUGCCUCCGACCGCUUCCAGGUGCUCAACCAUGACGCCACGUUCACCUGGUGGGCGGCAGCAGCGGAGCAGCAGUUCAUGAAGUUUAAAGACUCGCCCUAUGCUCUUGUACUCUACGAGCCUCAGGACGAGAGGGCAUUCGCCAUGUUCUCAGAUGUCUACCUCUCAGCCAACAUCACCCACACGCCCGGAUUUCGCUUCGCCAGCAACAUCGACCCAAUCAUGUUCCGCCUUUACACCGCCCCCUCCUCGCACCUCGCCACCCACACGCCCUACGCUGAUGACGUCUCCUCGCCUCCCCCCCCUUUCUCUCGCCCUGCCGUGGCCGUCAUUCCACUGCCCGCCAACUCCACCAGAUAUGUUGUCACUCAGCAUUCCACAUCCUCUUCCUCCUCCUCCUCCUCCAACCCCUCCUCCACUCCCUCCUUUGCCAUCCUAACCAUCCAUUGGCUGCCAGACAGCCCACUGGACCCACCCUCUUCCCCUGUCUACACUGUUCAAAUUGCGCCAUCCCUCCCUGCCGCCCACCCACCUGAAACAGUAAUCAGCAGCAACCCGUUGCCGGGCGGGGAGCUUCUGUCUGCUUGUGAGGUGGAAAAUCGGAAGGGAGGCAGAGCUGAUGGCGGGAUGAAAGGAGAAACUCAGACUGAGCAGGUGGGAUCUGGGCGGGUGGCAUCUGUAAGUGUGCUAGACGUGCCUCAUGGCGUGGCAGUGGGUCAAGUGGUGGAGAUGGGCAGAGGGCAGACGAAGAAGCAAGCAGGCACAGCAAGGGUGGAGGGGAGAUGGGGAGCAGCAAGGGGCAAUCAUGCGGGCUCAUGGGUCGGGUGCUCGUCUGCUCUCUGCCUCCCCUCCCUGCUCAUCACGCGUCCGACUCCCCAGCAGAUAAUGAUCAUACUGGUGGCAUUGCAUGUGUGUCUGUUGGCCGUCCCUUCUGCAUCUCACAGCUUUCGCCGUCCCCGUCCGUUCCUCUCGCCAUAG